AUGUUUACAGGAGCAAUACGAAGGCAACCGGGAAAAAAGGCUUCCGUGAAGGUCGGUAAAUAUGUGCUUCUUGACAAAAUUGGGGUUGGUGGGUUUGGGGUCGUUCGCAGGGCUAUCAAUGAAGAAAAUGGUUCUGUCGUUGCCAUAAAGAUAUUAGACAAGGUUGAGUUGCAGCUUCAAGAAAUGACUGGCCAUGCAAAGAGAGAGAUCGCAUUGCUAACGAAGAUAAACCAUCCAAACGUGGUGAAGGGGUAUGAAGUACUCUCCUCAAAAACAAAACUAUUUCUUGUAAUGGAAUAUGUCGAUGGUGGGGAUCUCCAUUCUGCAUUGUCCGCUAAGGGGAAGUUCUCCGAACACGAAGCACAAGGAAUAUUCGGUUCUUUGCUUGCAUGCCUAGACUACUGCCAUCGACAAGGAAUAUACCAUCGGGACCUCAAACUCGAAAACAUACUCUUGACAUCGUCUGGUCAACUAAAAAUUUGUGAUUUCGGACUCGCGAGCGUCAGAACACAAGGAAGCAACACAAACGAUUUAUGUCGGACUAUUGUCGGCACAGAAGACUUCAGUCCUCCCGAAGUUCUCCAAAACAUUCCAUAUAACGGAGGCAAAGCAGACAUGUGGGGGGCAGGGAUCUUGCUCUUCAUCAUGCUCAGUGGUUACUGUCCUUUUCAAGGCCGUGACUCCAGGGAGCUUCGAGAAAGAAUCAAAAGUUGUCGUUACACAUUUCCAACAGACUUUCCAGAUGCCGCAAAGGCAAUCGUCAAACGGCUUCUCGUACAGCGGGGAAAUGACCGCCCUUCGGCUAUGGACCUAUUGCAGAAUGCAUGGGUGAAAGACAGUAUAACAGAAGUGAAAGAAACAGAGGAUCCCUUGUCAAAAAGGAAGAGCGAUCAUGUAACCGAUGAAGUGCAAGCGGAGAUCAACGUGUCAAAGCCACCGACCAAUCCAAAACCGAAGUUAAACUCUGCGGAAAGUCUUGCGCCGAUAGCAGCAUCGGCAUGGCAAAACAGCCAGAAUGUCGAGCUCUCUGCUCUUCUCAGUAGUGGGCUCGAAAAUCCAUCGCUCGUGUCAAGCAAAUCCGUCAGAAGACCCGGAGGUAUCGUUUAUUAUGCACUCGGGUUAGCGACCGUUCCCAAUUUCUCCAAAUUAAUCGAGGCCAUGCAGAAAGAAGCGACGGGAGUGCAAGUCCAGAACCGCAAAUGGAGAUGGAAGUUAUAUGAAAACUGUUUUGUGGGAACAGAUGCCGUUUCAUGGUUAACGGGACACGCAGGUUGCACGAGAGACGCAGCUGUAGCAUUAGGACAGAAGCUCCUUGACGCUGGUGCACUCCACCACGUGUGCCGCGCACACGAUUUCAAGGAUGAUGCAUUGUUCUAUCGUUGGAUUGAUAACGAACCCGAAAAUGUCCUGUGCCUGAACUUACGAAAAUAUUGGCCCAAGCCAGUGUUUCCACCUGAUCCUAUCUCUGUUUCGGGAAGGCUUCUUAACCAGCUUUCACAACUAUGCAAAACCCACCAGCAACCGUACGAUUACCAAAUGGUGGAAGUGGUGACGUUACAAUCAGACGCUCUCUUUCGGAAAUUUCUGGAUGCAGUUACAGAGCUACAAGUAGUGAACAUCAACCCUUACAUGGGUACUGAAGAAAAGAUAGGUUUCCUUGUGAAUGUUUACAACCUAAUGUGGCUCCAGGCAAGAAUUCAUAUUGGAAACGUUCACAAGAAAAACGAGUUUAGAACUUUACAGAGGAAAGUCAUGUCCCUACAGUAUCACAUUGCGGGGGUGAGACUUUCUCUCGGUGAUGUAUUUAGGCUUCUCUUUGGAAAUGGUGGAAAUGAUAACAUUGGGGCUGACAACCGCACGAUUUCAGAAGGAUCAGCUCGUUCAUCAACAAGUGAUCGGAUUCUGUCAAUAGGAGGAUCAUUCAUAGUUUCAAAACUUUUGGCAAGACGACGGUCUUAUGAUGAAAAGAGUGCAAUCAACGUGUUAAACCCUGGAAGAUUGGAACCGCUCGCGCACUUCCUUACAAGUGAGUGCGCUCCAGAGUCUCCCAUAAUUCGAGCUGUUUCUGAAAAAGAAAUCAACGCUGAGUAUUUGACGGAGGUUGCUGCAGAAUACUUGAACGUGGUGUUGGAUGUCGAUGUGGACCGGUAUGUCAUCUCAUACCCACCGAGAGUAUCUCAGUUCCGGGCAAUGUUGUCGUGUCCAGAGGACGAACACUUUCUUAUCGAACUGAUACGGAUAUGUGCUGGUCGCGCCGUGUGCGUGAGGCUGCUCGAAGUCCAACGAAGAAGCAAUGAAGACAGAAUUCCUGUGAAAGUUACUGCGAAAACAGAAACAGAAUUGCCUUACUCCAUUUCUUCCUUUGGUCCAAGGUUGGGUUAUAGCUUUGCCGUAGCAUGA